CGCAGGCACUACUAAGCCAUUACUGAAGCACAGUCAAACCAUGUCAGCCAUAUCAACAGAUUUGAGCUCUCUCAUAGAUUAUCUCCGGGAAUCAGAGUACGUCGUCGCCCUCGUUGGUGCCGGUCUCUCAGCCUCAUCCGGCAUCCCAACAUUCAGAGGAAAUGGUUCUCUCUGGCACGGCCACGAAAUCACUUCUGUCGCUUCACGUCCCGCCUUCGUCAGAGAUCCACUGCUAGUCUGGCAGUUCUACGAAGAAAGGAGGCAGAACGCUGCAAAUGCUAAGCCUAAUGCUGGACACUUUGCUCUGGCAAGAUUAGCAGAGAAGAAGGAAGACUUUCUUGCUGUUACGCAGAAUAUUGAUGAUCUGUCGCAACGAGCGGGUCAUGAUAGUACAAAGCUCGCGCCGAUACAUGGCUCACUGUUUACUGCGAAAUGCUUUGAUCCGGAGUGUGGAUUCGAAAUUUGGAAUAAUCGCAGUUCACCUUUGACUCCGGCAUUAAACUCUGCCCAAGCAGUACAUGGAACAACCUCCGAAGAGUACUCCGCUAUCCUUCCAACAUGCGGGAAAUGUCACCAAAACUUCCUUCGACCUGGAGUCGUCUGGUUUGGUGAGCAGUUGCCACUGGAUCUCCUGGACCGCGUCGACGAAUGGCUGGAAGAUCUUCCUCGUCUGGAUCUAUUUCUUGUCAUCGGUACUUCAAGUCGUGUCUUUCCUGCGGCAACGUACAUCGAAAAAGCAAGAGAAAAAGGUGCACGCGUGGCGCAUUUCAACGUCGAGCCCGACGAGGAUUUCAUGGAUGAGGAGGAUUGGUUUGUUCAAGGUGAUGCUGCGGUAACAUUGCCACAGGUCAUAAAUCCGGCUUUGCAAGAUGAUUUGAUAUCGGCGGCAUGAGU